AUGGCUCUUCUGAGAGUCUGCGGGUCGAGCAUCUUCGCUUUCAUUAUAUGGAGGCUCAUUAAACGUUAUCGUACACCCAAGUCUCCUCUCGCUCACAUCCUCGGACCAAAGAAAGAGCAUUGGUUGAAAGGCAACUUUCACCGUAUAUUCCAAGAUGGUCUGCGGUACAACCUUGAUUUGGUGAAGCAAUACGGUGGGGCAGUCAAGAUUUACGCCCUUCUUGGGGUGAAGGCUCUCAUUUUGGAUCAAGAACAACUGUACAUAUCAGAUCCACUUGCUCUGCAUCACAUCGUCGUGAAAGAACAAAAUGUCUACGAGGAGACCGAUAUGUUCAUUGUGGGCAAUCGACUCAUCUUUGGCGAGGGCCUUAUAGCUACUCUUGGCGAACAACACAGGAAACAGCGCAAGAUGCUAAAUCCAGUAUUUUCUCUCGCAAAUAUGCGCGAUCUGCUUCCUGUAAUUCAGCCUAUCGCUGAUCAAUUACGCACCAUCUUGAUGGCAAAAAUCCCAGCUGACGGCUCGGUUGUGGAGGUCAACUUACUUCCGUGGGUGUCAAGAGGGGCACUAGAAUACAUAUGUCAGGCAGCACUCGGACACUCAUUCGAUGCACUCGAUCCAACAAAAGAAAACGAGUACAUAGAAGCCAUCAGGACACUUGCACCAUCCACGCUUCGUCUAAUCUUCCUCCGCCCGUUUAUCCCUAUGAUUGUGCGACGAUUUUCCUUGUAUUGGAGAAACAAAAUGAUGGACUGGAUGCCGAGUGACGCACUGAAAAAUCUUCGGCAUGUGGUAAACGUGAUGGACACUGCUAGCAAGAACAUUUUUGCCGAGAAGAAAGUAACCUUAGAGAACGAAGGCUUCGUCGGAAAUGUCGGGAAAUGCAUGAAAGUACGAGCCAACGCGUCUUCUUCUAAUGACGAUCGAUUGACGGACUCGGAAUUACUGGGACAGAUGAACACGAUCAUCUUUGCGGGCUUUGAAACGACUACCAGUGCUACAUGCCGCAUUCUUUGGAUUCUGGCCGAAAAGCAGGACGUUCAGGCACGACUACGAAGUGAAAUCCGCAAGGCUAAACGAGAAUAUGCGGCUGCGCAGGGCCUGUCCGGCCCUUGGGAAGACGUAGAAGUACCCUACGACACGCUUAUGGCGCUACCUUAUCUAGAUGCCAUCGUUCGUGAAACACUUCGAGUUUAUCCUCCGACUUCUCUUCUCAGCCGAACUGCUCGUCAGGCUUCUGUUCUUCCAUUGCAUCAGCCAAUCCGGUCUGCGUCCGGCGAAAUGAUCUCUUCAAUCUAUGUUCCGGAAAACACAACGCUCAUUAUUUCCAUCUUGGCCUCAAAUCACAACAAGGAGAUCUGGGGCGAGGACGCCUCGGAAUGGCGUCCCGAACGGUGGCUGUCACCUUCUGGUGAGCGGCUCCACCUGGGAGAUGGUGAAGGCGAUUCCAUGAGCGGUGGAAUCAAGGAUGGUAUGAAAUACCCUGGCGUCUAUGGUUUAAUAAGGGCUGAAAGCCGUGGUGAACGCAGGAUGACGUUUCUCGGAGGGGGUCGUGCAUGCAUCGGCUUUAAAUUCGCAGAGAUGGAAAUCAGUACGCUUUCUUGUCUUUUCCGCAUGCAGUGA